GGCACUACCACUUCUCACGGUAACAUAGCAUUGGCGGACGACCCACCGAUUAUCCAGACGCCGAGCCUUGUCCUUCAUCAUCGUCGCCUCUGCUGCAACUUGGCAUGUCCUCUUCUCCCUUGUGCAAAGACAUUCAAGCUCAGUCAAUUUGCUGAGUGUGCUUCACUAAGCCCAACCCAAGCCGUGCCCAGCCCGUCAAGACAAGUUUCUUACUUUGCGGCUUCCACAGCGUACCCAUCGGGGUGUCCAUCGAGGUGUUCUCUACGACGAGUUCUGUCGCCUCCACCAACCUCGCAACUCUCACUCCUUCAGCGACCUCUCUUGCCGCCUGAGGAACUACCUCCAUUGUCCUCCUGAGACUUUCUUCCCCUCCUGCCAGUGUGCACCCUCCCUGAAUGCUUCGGAUACUACACCACGAUCUGACACCAAGGGAAAGCAACGAUUGGGGGUAAUAAUUAAAGAGCUUAGUGCUGUAACUGGGCAAAAUUCCCAUACAUAAUACAGAAGAGGCUUUGUUAUCUGAAUCUCAGCCACUCUUUUACGGUACUUGCACCUUCUGCGUCGACGCACGCCAGCCAUUCUUUAUCGAUCUUUAAAAAGUCUUGGGAGGAGUCUGUCACCCUACAAUUACUGGCAGUACACAAUCGCAGGGGCUUGGAGGAAGAGUAGGAGGCUUGGAUCAGGGGCUCCCUGCACGAUCGAUUCACCAUGGCGUGGCAUCAGUUGGCAAUCGACAAACCACAUCUGGUUUAUAUUAUCCUGGGUGGCUUUACUAGCAUAUUCAUGCUAUGUUCGCUGUUCAUCAAGGAGAAGUUGUAUAUUGGCGAAGCCACGGUAGCCACCAUUUGUGGUGUAAUCUUCGGUCCUCAUGCCGCUGAUCUGAUCAACCCCUUGAGCUGGGGAAACACGGAUAAGAUAACGCUGGAAUUUUCUCGCAUUGUACUGGUGGUCCAGUGUUUCGCGGUCGGUGUGGAAUUGCCCAAGGCAUACAUGGAACGACACUGGAAAUCUGUCACCUUUUUGCUUGUUCCGGUCAUGACCUUUGGGUGGCUCAUUACCAGUCUUUUCAUUUGGUGGAUGAUCAAGCCUUUGUCAUGGUUGGAAUCCCUCGCGAUAGCGGCAUGCGUCACCGCCACAGACCCCGUCCUGGCGUCAUCUGUGGUUGGUAAGGGCAAGUUCGCGAAGCGAGUGCCAAAACAUCUUCGAGAUGUUCUCUCUGCCGAAUCGGGGUGCAACGACGGCAUGGCGUUUCCAUUCAUCUACCUCUCGCUAUAUCUCUUACGCUAUGAUCUGUCUGGUCGUGAAGUUGUCUUCCACUGGACGUGCUAUACGAUUCUUUACGAAUGCAUUUUCGGCGCUUUCUACGGGGUCAUGGUGGGUUACAUUGGACGACACGCAAUCAAAAUGGCGGAACGAAAGGGCUUGAUCGAUCGUGAAAGCUUUUUGGUGUUCUACUUUGUUCUGGCUCUGUUUUGCGCUGGAUCCGGUAGUCUUCUAGGCAUGGACGAUCUUCUGAUCGGAUUCGCGGCUGGAGUAGGAUUUUCGAACGACGGCUGGUUCACCGAAAAGACGGAAGAGUCACACGUGUCCAACGUUAUUGACUUGCUUAUUAACUUGGCUUAUUUCGUCUACUUUGGCACCAUCAUCCCGUGGGAUCAGUACAACUCACCAGCUCACGGACUGGUCCCAUGGAGGCUCGUUGUUAUCGCCAUCUUUGUCAUUUUCUUCCGACGAAUCCCGGCUAUGAUGUUGCUGAAACCGCUUAUACCAGAUGUCAAAACUUGGCGAGAAGCACUUUUUGCUGGCCAUUUUGGUCCUAUUGGAGUUGGUGCUAUCUUCGCUGCGAUCCUGGCUCGUGCCGAACUAGAGACAGAUUCUACACAGCCUCUAGCCGUCCUUCCUCCACCCGGGACCAAGGACUACGAUCUGAUAUAUCUGGUGUGGCCCGUCGUCACCUUCUUGGUGAUUUCCUCUAUCCUUGUCCAUGGGUCAUCCAUUGCGGUGUUCACCCUAGGCAAGCGUAUCAAUACUUUGACCAUGACUCUAUCAUAUACUCAAGACAACGAGAAGGGUUCGGCGUGGAUGAACAGACUCCCGAGAAUCACCUCGCAAUCCAGGUCGAUGUCACGUACAUACAGCUCAGACUUUGACGUGGACGAGAAACUCGACGUACCGCCUGGACAAUUGCCACCAAUUGGCAUUCCGAAACUCCACUUGAGAAGACAGCGUGAGGAUGAAUAUGAGAAAAGGCCGGGAUCCCGGUCUUCCAGUCUCGGACGCUCGCGCAGGAAAAGACGAAGUGGUGGUCAAGAUCGAGUUGGUGGACCUAUUAGUCAGAGCGCCAUAAUGCCACAAAGACGGUCAGAGGCUGUUCUAGCUCAGCAGGAGUCAGGCUCCGACACACUGUUUGAGAAGUCUGGAGAGCCUUCGCCAGAGAGUCGCCAGGAUCAGCUUGCGCCGCAUGAGACCUCCUCGGAUGAACGUGACAGACUGGAUGCAGAGGAAGAAGCAGAGGCCGAGGAACAUGGAGGCCCUCGACCACCGUCCCCGGACAGGCCUGCAGAUGUUGAGGUAUACGAGGAAGGAGCUGACAUUGUUGUCGAGGAUGAGGAGGGUAAUGUUGUCGACACUUUUGACACCAGCAAAAUGACCGAGGACGAAAAGGUGCAAGGCAUUGAAGAAGCAAGAAAUCGCUUGGCCAAGGAUGAAAGCGGCAAUUUCGCCAAACACAAGCAUCGCCCACACCCGAAGACGGAAGGCGAGGAGGUCGAGAAGGAGGCUGCAGAAGCUAUCGCUCAGCCCCAGAAGAAGAUGCGACAGAGGUUCGAUCAAUGGACGGGCUUUGCCAAACGCAAGCAAGACGACUCUGGUGCUCCUGGGCCAUCUAAGAAACCCGAACGAAAACGAGGUCCUGCCCAUGCCUAUCAAUUCGGUAACACGGUCAUUGUCGAGGAUGAAGACGGUGAAGUUAUCAAAACUUACACGCUUGGACCGGAGGAGGUUGGUAACAAUCGAGAGCAACAACUGAGAGACGGUCUGCGUCGGAUGAGUACCUGGGUUGGGCUGGGCAAACAAGCAGGUGCGGCCGGGCCUUCCGGUGGGGUGCCUUCGAGUGGUGUCACGAAUUUGCCUACGCAGGUAGAUGGCGCCGAAGAGACGGCGCCGAGGUCAGACAAGCCAAUGCCAAAAAACCGUCGUUCUUCAACAUCUUCAGAUGAAGAUGAUGGGUUAAGAAUGAUCAUUUCGUCAACUGAUCAAUAUGGUCUUACUGGGCAGAAGAAAGUCCGCAAUGCGCCAGGUACGAUUGCUCUUGGCUCUGGAAGGCGACUAUCCACCAAGGAUUUCAUCAAGCAAAUGCAACAAUUGGACCCCAAAAACAAGAUCAGAGAAGUCAAUGAAAGUGAUGCUCCUGAAGAAGUCAAACGCGAACUACGGCUAGCAGCCAAUGAAGAAGCUUUCGGCGAGAGACCUCGACGUCUUCGAGCGGAGACUGCCACAAGCCAGAAUCUGAGUGCUCAUCGCCUGGAAGGUCGCAGAAGAGCCAAGAGUGAUCUCCCCGCCCCGGAAGAGGACUACUUCAGCUCUCACCGACGUCCUAGGCCUGAACGUGCGAUGACGGACGAACAGAAGAAGACCUUGCAGGAAGAGAGUGAGGAGGACGAGGAAGAAUUCAAUAUCCCUACGCACAAUGUCCGUUCGAGCAUUGCUAAACACGGAGGUGGCCAGACCGCGGCAGAUUUGCGCAGACGUCGAUUGGCGAGGAUCAAAUCGGAAGAUGAGGAGGAUGAGGAAGAUGAAAAUGCCGCUGGUGAAGAGACUGCCGCCGAAAAGAGACGGCGUCUGGCUGCUUUGGGGUUGGGAGGUGGUGGCGAUGACGAUUCUAGUGAAAGUGACGAGGACGUGGAACCACGUCAAGCUGGCGCUGCUGUACAGGAACCGACGGCUUCUGGUCCCUCGAACCGACCUACUAUUCAGUGGGGUGGCGAGCGUGGCAGAGAAAGGGAGAAGAAGGAGAAAGAUCCUACUGACAUUUACGCUGGUGAUCCUAUUGUCGGUGCUGCACGAAAGAUCAGAGGCAUGAUGCACAAGAAAAGAUCUUGAAGUACGGACUACCUCGGAAGAAAUGUUUACUUCGUAAGGAUUGGGAGUUUGAUUAUUCUAGCCCGUUAUCUACUCGUACUCCAUUUGAGUAUGAACAAUAUGAUGAAUG